AUGUUAAUACACCAGGCCUCCAAGGAUUCUUCGACUGGCUGCGUUGAGAGAAGAGUUUCCGGCCCGACUUCUGAUUCAGUCCAUGCACUGAGACCAUCGGAGAUAAAAGUUGUUGCGAUGAUGGGCGAUUCGCUAAUCGCUGCUUCUGCUGAGGACCCAGAACCAUCCAUAAGCAUCGGUGAGGAGCCAUUUGGCAGGACGCAAGUUUCCUUUCCAGAUAUUUUGAAGACUUUUAACCCUGACGUUAUCGGAUACUCUCCAGGCAACAGGAACUAUGACAACUCUUUGGACCAGUCCAUUCUGAACGUGAAGGCUGAGGAAUUAUCGGAGCAGGCUCUGAGACUGGUGAACAGUUUAAAGAAUAAUCCGCACAUUGACUUUCUGAGGGAUUGGAAGAUAAUCACAGUCUACAUUGGCAUCGCUGAUCUGUGUGCUUAUUACAUGAACGAGGAGCAUUACUCACCAGAAAAUGUCACAAUCAGAAUUAAAGAUGCCCUGGAUAUAUUCUAUCAGGAGGUAAGCACGGUGAAACCUUCCUCUUCGAAGAACAUCCCCUUACCCAUAAACUAA